CACAAAUCUCCAAGCGACUCAAAGAAAAGACUACUAAAAUAGUAAUUAGUAUACUAUACAAAUGGAUAUGGUAACAACAUUGGCGUCUCAAAGAGCAGUGGUGAUUUUCAGCAAGAGUACGUGUUGUAUGUCUCAUGCAAUUAAACGACUAUUUUACGAGCAAGGUGUGAGCCCGGCAAUUGUAGAGAUCGAUCAUGACAUAAACGGUAAGGAUAUCGAGUGGGCCUUGGCCCGGUUAGGUUGCAGCCCACCAGUUCCAGCGGUUUUUGUCGGAGGGAAAUUCAUUGGAACAGCCGAGACUGUCAUGACUCUUCAUCUCAAUGGAUCCUUGAAAAGGUUGCUCAAAGAAGCUGGUGCUUUGUGGCUAUAGUACUGAACGGAUGUGUUUUUUAAGAAUUUAUGUUAUGAUCUUUUUUCUGAGAACAUUUUAUUAUGAUAUUUACUCUCUGACCUUUGAAAAAGUAUUCACUUUUUGUACACUUAAUCUAAGAAUAUGUGAAGAACUACUUUUAUGGAAAGUUAUACUUGUCUAUGUUCA